AGAGAUACACACACCCCUUCCUGUUGGCGGCAAGGUCUCUCGGUCCCGGGGAGGGGGUUUACCGAUGUACCCGGAACUGUUUCCAAGUUGGUUUUUUUGUUUGUUUGUUUGCUUUUUUUCCUGGUUUGAUUGGCUGCAAGCUCUAGGACCCUAGGUAUCCGGAGACUCUUUAGGGGUCGCGAGAGAGCCUCCUUGUCCCGCCCCUUGGUGGGUUCAGCUCCCACCACCAUGGCUCCUGUAUCGGGCUCGCGGAGCCCUGAACGGGAGGCCUCCGGGGGAAAGCGUCGCAGUUCGUCGAGGAGCCCCAAAUCCAUCAAAUCUUCCCGCUCCCCGCGGUAUCGCCGGUCUCGCUCGCGCUCUUGUUCUCGGUUCGGUGACCGGAAUGGCCUCAGCCAUUCGCUCAGUGGCUUCAGCCAAAGCUCUCGAAACCAAUCUUAUCGCUCCCGCUCUCGAUCGCGUUCUCGAGAACGGCCUUCUACACAGCGGAGUAUCCCUUUUGCUUCUUCAUCUUCGUCUGCCUAUUAUGGCGGCUACUCGCGUCCCUAUGGGGGUGACAAGCCAUGGCCUAGCCUGCUGGACAAGGAAAGGGAGGAGAGUCUGCGGCAGAAGAGAUUAAGUGAAAGAGAGAGGAUUGGAGAAUUGGGAGCUCCUGAAGUUUGGGGACUUUCCCCAAAGAAUCCUGAACCAGACUCUGAUGAACAUACACCAGUAGAGGAUGAAGAACCAAAGAAAAGCACUACUUCAGCAUCUAGUUCAGAAGAUGAUAAGAAGAAGAAAAGGAAAUCUAGUCAUUCAAAAGAAAGAGCCAAGAAAAAGAGAAAGAAAAAGUCAUCCAAAAGGAAACAUAAAAAGUAUUCUGAAGAUAGUGACAGUGACUCUGAAUCUGACACAGACUCCAGUGAUGAAGAUUCAAAAAGAAGAGCAAAGAAAGCUAAGAAAAAGGAAAAGAAGAAGAAACGAAGAGGGAAGAAAUACAAGAAAAAGAAGUCUAAGAAAAACAGGAAAGAGUCCAGUGAUUCAAGCUCUAAAGAAUCCCAAGAAGAAUUUCUAGAGAAUCCUUGGAAGGAUCGAUCAAAGGCAGAAGAACCAUCAGAUCUGAUUGGCCCAGAGGCUCCCAAAACACUUGCUUCCCAAGAUGAUAAGCCCUUGAACUAUGGCCACGCUCUGUUACCUGGUGAAGGUGCAGCUAUGGCUGAAUAUGUAAAAGCUGGCAAGCGUAUCCCGAGAAGAGGUGAAAUUGGCUUGACAAGUGAAGAGAUUGCAUCAUUUGAAUGUUCCGGUUAUGUAAUGAGCGGUAGCAGGCACCGCCGAAUGGAGGCUGUUCGACUUCGGAAAGAGAACCAGAUCUACAGUGCUGAUGAGAAGAGAGCCCUUGCAUCCUUUAACCAAGAAGAGAGACGAAAGAGGGAGAACAAGAUUUUGGCCAGCUUUCGUGAGAUGGUAUACAGAAAGACCAAAGGGAAGGAUGACAAGUGAGGACUUCCUGACUUUACAAGUGGAUAUUUUUAACAUCAAAAAGGAAAUUGUGGGUUCUAGACAUAACCAAAAAAAGCUUAUUGUUUUGUUAUUAUUUUGAGUUAUUUUUUUGAUGUGUGGUUUCAACUAGCCCAGGUAGGCCUCAGGCUUUGUAGCCAAGGAUGACUCUGAACUCUUGGUCUCCUGCCUCCACCUUCCAAGUGCUGAGAUUCCAGACGUGUGCCACCAAGCCUAGCCAAAAAGGCUAUUGUGCUAGGAAAUGGCUUUUCAGGGCUUCUGUGCCUUCUUCUUAAUUCUUCAGUCCUUCAGUAAAAGAUGUUGUUGAUAUAAUUAGUAAGUUAUUUGAGGCUUUUAAAGAUUGACCCCAACCUUCUGGUUUAAAAAUCCAAAUUCUGAAUGAAGCCCUGCUAUGUUAGGAAGGUGGCAUAGAGAGAAAGUGGCAGAUGAAUGAGAAAUUUAAAUCUCAUGUCAUGAUCUUCUGUGUCCCAUACAGUAUCUGCCACUAUCCCAGCAGAACUUGGGAAUUUCAUAUCUUGUCUUGAAUGUAUUAUAAAUGGGCUUGUCAGAAACUAUUCAGGAGGCUAUUUCUGUUAACAAAAUGAAGGUAUUGGUGUACACAGCAACUCUGGAAUUUGAAAACUGACUUGUUUCUAUAGUCGGCCCUAGAAAUGUAUAUUGGGCUAACUCUACCUCCGCUCUACAACCAAGCAAACCAAAUGGCUAACUCACAGAUGUGUGGGAUAGAAAAUGUGAGCAUUAGGUGUUUCAGGUUCUAUUAGAUUACUUAACAUUGUUCUUUCAGUGGCUAGGGUAUAGCUCAGAGUUAGGACGUGUGCUUAUGAGGCCCUGAGCUAUAUCCCCAGCAGUGCAAAAAAAUUUCAGAUGCAGUUUUGGGAGUCUCUUGUGCCAAUAUAAGAAUACUAUUUCUAUCUAAGCUGGAAUCUAAUAUAAGAUAAUAUCUUAAAAAUGAGUAUGAAGAGUGCUAAUAAGGGAGAAUAUAAGUCAGUAUUUUAAUUAAGCUGUUUCAUGAUGAUGAAAGUAAGAUAUUAAACAUUUUCAAUUAUUCCCUUUAUGUUACUAGAUUUCUUGUUUGAGAUAGAGUCUCACUAUGUAGCCCUGGAUGGCCUAGAACUCAUAGAGUUCCCCCUGCCUCAGCCUGCCAGGUGCUAGGGUUAGAGGUAUGUCCCACUGCACCUCACUAUAGGAUUUUAUUUUAAACAUUGUUAAGCUUUUUAUAUCUAUCAUGACUUUAAUCCUUAACUUUGUAGAAACCCUCCUCACUUCAUCACUGUUUGAAAAGUUUAAUAUAUGUUCUGGGAAAAAUGUGUUUCUAACCCACAACUGCUGAACUAAGCAGCAGUUAGCAUGUAGUAAAAUCUGUGAUCUUUGAACUUGAAAUUAUUUCACUGUAUUUAUACUUCUCAGUUUGAUAAGUUUAUAGUUUCCUAAAGUCUAAUGGAAACUAGGUUCCAAAGUUGGAAGUCUUAUUAAUCCAUACACUUCCUCAUGUAAUACAAUGUAAAGUUUAUAAUCUCUACCUUAAAAGUUAUUCCAUAGGGGCAUUAUUUUUUUGUUAACUGGCUCCUAACAACUGGAUGAAUUUGUUUUUUUUUUUUUAAAUAGGAAAUGUAGCUUCAGUGCAACAAUUUUGUAGUGUAUAAGUAUUACAGAUUUUCUUUUGAUUCUUCUCCACAGAGUAUAUACAGUCAAUGAAAAAAUAGGAAUUUAUUUUAAAACCUAUCAUUCUUAGAAAUGUAUUUAGUAGCAGGUCCUUUAAAAAGUGGAGGGCUAAAAGUAUUUUAUUUUCACCUUGUUUGAAUUAUGCCUUCAAACUGCGUUCUGUCACCUGAGCUCUAAGUCAGCCAUUGUUCGCAAAAACCAAUCUUUCCUGGUCUACAGAGGAAGAGACGCACACUUGUGUACACACACACACCUGUGUACACACACACACUUGUGUACACACACACACUUGUGUACACACACACGCACGCCCUUAGAAUCAAACAAAACAGGAAGCCAGGCAUUCCCUCUUUGUUACACUCCCAAUGAACAAGAUAGCGGUUACGCUUCUAUCUGUAUUCUUUAUAGUUCUUUAGGCCCUAGGAAAAUCUCUGUAGAACUAUUGUAAUUUAAAUACUUUGUUUUCUAAGGAGACUUACCUAGUUUCUCACCUCUUCACCGGUUCAUAGGAUUUUUCUCUUUUUUUAUUUGUUGUACAAAGAUAAUAGUAAAUAUAGAGAAAUUGCUCAGUCCUACCACAUGAAUUGUUACAAGUGUUCUGUGUUCCUUGUAUGUCUUUGACAUUUGAAGUGUAGUGUAAUGUUGUUGGUAUUUUAAAAUUGUGUGAGCAGGCAUAGGAGUCCCAUUGGGAAGUUAGGAAUACAUGAUGAUCCAGUGUGAAGACAGAAACAAGACCAGAAAUAAGUAAGGGUGGUAAGCCACCCCUGCGUCAUUGCAAUCAUGAGCAUGAUGAGAUGUUCUACAUACCAAAAUACUGUUUGAGAGAUUAGCAGUGAGGCUCGCCCGCCAGCAGAAGACAUCUGUAAGUAGUGGAGCCUUUCAGACUGUUACUGUGAGGUACCGAACUGUUGCCAUCUGCUUAUCCAGAUACCCAUAAAAGUGUCUAUCAAGCUUGGAGGAAGGCAGAGAGAAGGACCAAACAGCUAAGGGCCACUUUUAGUAAUGUUCAAAAUACGACUCUGUGCUUGCCCGGAUCCAAAGUCAUGAUAUAGUGUUGAGAAAAAUCUUUUCAAAAACAGAAAACAACUUAUUGCAAAAUGGAUAAUGAAUAAAAACAAAAACACAGCUGGGUUGUGUGCCAUGAGUUUAUUAUUCAAUAAAUAUGUGGUUUGAUAUGA